AUGCUCCACGAAGCAAGACUUCGCUUAUAUCCUCUUGCAAAACGCGACCCCAAGAUAUUUGCUAUUAAACCAGGACUUCAUUCAAAUGGGCCCGUCGAUGGCCCCGUCACCACGGAUCCCGCGGAGAGCGCGGCGAACGCGGCGACCACGGUUCAUCUUCUACGUUGCAGUGGAACCAUAGCAAUUAAGGACAUAAAGAGUAUUAACUAG